UGACUUGCUUAUUUUAAAAGUACCCCAGGUGUGAAUUUCUGAAACAAAGAAAGAGAGAGAUGGCGAUGAUAUGGCUCGAGGCUGUGCUGCCUUUGGGAAUCAUAGCCAGCAUGCUUUGUGUGAUGGGAAAUGCUCAAUACUUCAUCCACAAGGCAGCCAAUGGCCGCCCGAAGCACAUAGGGAACGAUGUUUGGGACGUGGCAAUGGAGAGACGGGACAAGAAGAUCGUGGAGAUGCUUUCUUCUCCUUCACCUUGUAAUUAGGCACUUCUCGGCUUUUUCUGCUUUUGGAAGUAUUUUGAAGGGCUUGUUAGAAAUAAAAGAUCACAUUGGUUCCCAAUCUGUGGAUUUUUGUAUGACCGAAUAACUUGUUCUUUUCUUGUGUAUGAUUCUGCACAAACUCUUGAACAUUAUGUAAAAUGUCAUUUGGCGAGUUUAAUUACUUGUAUUGACCGGUAAAUUUAAUCUCGUGGGUUCCAAAAUUUCUUCUUUG